AUGACAGACGAUCCGGAACGGGUGUGUCCGGCUCCGACAAUAGCCGAUGUCGGCAGUGAGAAGGGCACUGUCCGUUUGGACGCUCCAGCUGCAAGCUCCAGCUCCAAUGCCGGGCAUCAGGAGGGACGCGCAAGGAAGAAGCGCCUUCAGUUGAGCUGCGGUGAAUGCAGAAGGAAAAAGUUGGAGCAGAUUAAAUCCGACCAGGCCGAGCUUCAGAAUCUUCGAGCUGAGAUUUUUCAGCUGAGAGAACUGCUCUCGAAGCCUACUCCUCGGCAAGGCAGGGAUCUCUUUACCGAAGAUGUCAAUGACGAUGGGAUUCCCAAAAGAAGUGAAGUCGAUGCCAAGGACGUCAUCGCCAUCAGUCGGAAUCCCAUCAAUACCAACGAUGGCCCGCCUGAUCCAAGAGAGAAAUCCCCACGGGGAUACUACAGGCGACAUACCCUGCUGCGAUUCUUCUCAGAGAUUCCGCAGUUGUUUCCGUUCAUCAAGGAGAUAGCUGAUCAGUGGCUAAAGCCCUACGGAAUCUACAUCAAGAAGAACAAGGCCGGCAAGGAUGAUGGCUGGAGAAUGAAGAUGGCAGCCCAAGAGCAGCCAUUGAUCGAAAGUCUGUUACCACCAAAAGGUGACACGGAUGUGCUAAUCGCCAUAUACCUCGAUCACUUUGAGCAGCUCCAUCGCGUUGUUCACGUCCCAACCUUCAACAGGGAGUAUAUCAACUUUUGGACUCCUGGUAAGCCCCGGUACCCAACCAUGGCAGCAAUGAUAUUAUCCAUGAUUACGGUGUCAAUCUGUGCCUCUUCCCACCUUGUGGGUGCUACACCGGUCCCUGCCGCCUACAGGAACAUGGCCGAGCAGUGGAUUUCUUCAAUCGAUGACUGGUUGAGAUUGCAAAGCACAAAACAUCGCAAGCUUGUGCACUAUCAAGUCGGCUGUUUAAUGUACAUUGCCAAACGGAUGAACAUUGUCGGAAAGAAGAGAUUCUGGAAAGACACCGGCUAUUUAGUACAAGACGCCAUUAUGGAUGGGUUGAAUCGCAGUCCUUCCAUGGCAGAUGCAUUUUUCAUAAGGGAGAUGAAGAAACGCAUCUGGUACACCAUUCGCGAGCUGGAGCUCCAGAAUUCUUUUGAAUGUGGCCUGCCCACUCUUCUACACGGUGUUGAGUGCAAUGUCUCAGCGCCCCUCAAUCUCGCCGAUGAAGAUUUUAACGACACUACCAAGCAGGCUCCCAUGUCAAGAUCUUCUAAUUACUAUACAACGUCUUCUUACCAGUUCCAUAGCUUCCGCAGCUGGGAUCUACGCCUCGAGAUAUCACGACGAUUAUUCGGAUCCGGAUUCUUCAGGGCUCUAGGCUACGACGAUGUUUUGCGCUACACUCAUGAUAUCACAAAAGCGAUCAAUGACCUUCCCCCCUGGAACAGCAACGGAACUGACAACAAAAGUGAUGCAAACCUUUUGUUGUCGUACACAAUGCUGGAAUUUCAGCUCAAGGAAUGCCUUUUGGCCAUUCACCGACCAUACAUCGACAGAGAAGGAGGCGGCUAUCCACUUUCGGAGAACAUUUGCUACCAGACAUCACGAGAAAUACUGAUUUCUAGCGUCCGGCUCACGAACCUGGGGAUCCAGAGCUUGGCACAACUGCGCGAAGAUCUUGCACUUGCUUCACUGCAUUUGACGCGCCUUACUCUAUUACAACCAGAAGGCUCCGGCAGCAUCAUCAUGACCAAUGCUCCCUCGACUGUCGAUUUGCUAGAGCAAUGCCUCCCCGUCAUCGAAGACAAGUAUCUGCGCUUCUCCGAUCCAUGGACCUUUUUCAUCAUGUGCACGGCCAUCAUGCUCAUCAAGAUACAUCUGGGAAAGGAGUCUCGACAAAAUGCAAAAUCAUCUUGUGCACGCAGGUUUCUGGACUUGUACUAUAAGAAUGUAUGGAUGCACCAGCCCGCUGAUCUCGCUCAACAGCAGGCCAUUACGCAAGACAUUGUCAAUCAAACAGCUCCACGUCUCUCACAGGCUUCUAAUGCCCACCCACCACCUCCUCCAGAUGCAAGCGCUCUUCCUACUGCAGUGUGGCUCGACAGCAACUACCCCGAUGUUGGAAACGAUCCUUUCGAUCUCGCAGUUGAAUUGAACCCGAUGUCGCUGUAUCGAGUUUCCGCAAUGGAGAUUCACGAAUACGGUAUUAAUCUUGCUUUUGCGGAACUUCUCCUCUCGCGUAACUGCAAUGUCGUCUUUGCCGACCUGGAGCUGCGUCCAGAGGCAAAAGACGUCAUUUCCAAGUACCAGAGCGAUGGAAGAAGCCAGGCUUCUUACAUCCGGACAGACGUAACCUCGUGGUCCGACCUUUCUAAAAUGUUUAGCUUUGCCCUGGAAACAUAUGGGGAUUUCGACAUUGUUUGCCCGGGAGCAGGAGUAUACGAGCCUCACUGGUCCAAUUUCUGGCAUCCGCCCGGGUCCAGCGAAAGCAGGGAUGCACUCGAGAAGGACCACUAUGCGCUGCUAGAUAUCAACCUGACGCAUCCUAUUCGCGCAACCCAGAUGGCAAUAUCACAUUGGCUAUAUCCUCGACCGCCCGCUGAAGGAUCCAAGCUCAAGAAUGCUCCGGCAAAGGUAUCGCUCAGCAACCCAAAGAGGGUUGUUCACAUCUCUUCAGUUGCUGGGCAGAUUCCUGUAUUUAGAGCCCCGUUAUACGGCGCAUCCAAGUUUGGUAUUUCUGGCUUCAUUCGCUGCCUGGCACAGCUAGAGCCUCGAUUCGGAGUGCGCGUUAAUGGUGUCGCGCCUGGAGUUGUUCGCACACCUCUUUGGACGGAGCACCCAGAGAAGCUGAUGAAUGUCGACGCUGCCCAAGAUGCGUGGGUGACUCCGCAAGAGGUGGCCCAAGCAAUGCUGAAAUGUAUUGAAGAAAACGAGUACUCUGGGGGAACGAUCUUGGAAGUCGGCGCAGGUCAUACGAGGAAAGUAAAGGUGUACAAUGACGCAGGCCCAGACUUUGAUCCCGCCAAGGGCAUCAUCACCAGCAACAGUGCCCUUGGCGAUGAUGAAGUCGUCGACUGGCUGCAUGAAGAAGCCAUCUGGGGAGCUCACGACUAG